CCAACGCCAAUCAAAGAGAAUUUUCUUUUUUUUUAUCCUUAGAAUUGAGAGGAAACAAUCCAAAGAUAAAGACGGCUUUAAGCUUUGUUUGCUAUGCUUGUCAAGCUAGCUUUGGUUUUUCCUCUUAAUCUUUCUUUCAUAAGACGACGGAAAAUAGCAGAACAUAAACUUUUGCAUUCAUAAUUACAAAAAAACAAAGCUAUUAUCAUUGUUUUCUUUCUUUUUCUCGUUUGGAUCGGAUCCGGAAUAGCUUCUUAGGAGAAGAGAAACACAAACAAGGCAAACCCACCAAACAAGAUAAAGGAAAGCUGUUGCACUUUUCUCUUCAAAGAACAGCAUUUUUCCUUUCCUUGGUUUUUCUUCAAUGAAAGAUUUCACCUUGCCGUGCAUUGUUUUCUCUGUUCUAUGAUCAGGACAUUUAAGUUGGAAGAUUCUAUGAUUAAUGGCUUUAUCAUAGAGUUGUCACACAGAGGGAAAGAUUUUACUUUGCUAAAUUGGACUUUGGUUUGGCAGUGGUAGCUGUGGUUGAAUUGUUCAAUGGAAUCACUCGUUAUUUCUUCAUCAAAGAGUCAAAGUCCCGGUUCUGCUAUAGGCAACAAUAAUUCUCCUUCAACAUGUGGGACGCCUAGGCCUUCUCGGCCUCCAUCUCCCAAACAAUCCAGAAAAGAAGGCCCUUCUUCUACAUCCCAUGCAGCUACUCUUAAUCAUGGCGUGAGGAUUGUUGGACAUCCAAAUGGUUCUGUAGGCUAUCAAAAGCAUUCAUACAAAGCAGCCUAUGACAACAUGCAGCAGGAAGAAUCGCCUAAUAUGGCGAAACACUAUUACGAUUCGAGUAAUGGGAAAUCUGAGUUGGUGGGAAAGAACGAGGUUAUUAUUUCUAGCCAGAAAAAUAUUUUGACAGUGGAAAGCAAAUCUUCCAUCAAACAUCCCACUGAUGAUCAUAAGAGUUCUAAUUCAAGUGGUUCGUUAGAAUCUGAAAAAAUUGUACCAGGUCCAUGUAAAGGAGGUGUUGUGGAGUUGGACAACCAUAUUGUAUCUCAAUCAGAGCCAAGCUUUUGUCCAAGUCCUUCAAAUAGUAUGUGUACUGGCACGCUUUACGCAGAAGUCAAACAAAGUUUUACCAAUACAGAAGUUAGUGAAUGUGCAAGCAGUGUUGGCAAGUCUGGUGGAAGUGGUGAAGUGAGUAGGAAGACGAGCAUCCAUAGAGGGAGCACUGGCAGUGAUGUUAGUGAUGAAAGCAGCUCUAGUUAUCUAAGCAGUGCCAUCUACAAGCCUCACAAAGCAAAUGAUAUAAGAUGGGAAGCGGUUCGAGUUGUCAAAUCUCGAAAGGGAGACUUGGACUUUAAGCACUUUAGGGUGCUGAGGAGACUGGGAUGUGGGGAUAUAGGCAGUGUUUAUCUAUCUGAAUUGACUGGCACUAAAACUUAUUUUGCCAUGAAGGUUAUGGAUAAAGCACUUUUGGCUAGUCGUAAGAAGCUUCUCAGAGCCCAGACAGAGAGAGAGAUUCUCCAAUCUCUGGAUCAUCCCUUCCUACCCACCUUGUAUACACAUUUUGAGACAGAGAAGCUUUCUUGCUUGGUGAUGGAGUUCUGCCCUGGGGGAGAUUUGCACUCUCUCAGGCAAAGACAACAUGGAAAGUACUUUUCAGAGCAAGCUGCCAGAUUUUACGUGGCUGAAGUUCUCCUUGCUUUGGAGUAUCUUCACAUGCUUGGGAUCAUUUACAGAGACCUUAAGCCGGAGAAUGUUUUGGUGAGAGAAGAUGGACACAUAAUGCUUUCAGAUUUUGACCUCUCUCUUAGAUGUGCCGUCUCUCCCACUCUGGUCAAAUCUUCAAACUCAACCCUGGAAUCAAAAAAUUCAGCAUACUGUGCUCAACCUGCAUGCAUUGAGCCAACUUGUGUAAUGCAGCCAGCUUGUCUCCAACCUGCAUGUUUUGGACCACGUUUUUUUUCAAGCAAGCCCAAGAAAGAAAACAAGAGCAAAGUAAAGAAUGAAACAAAUCAUCAAGUGAGUCCUCUUCCUGAGCUUAUUGCAGAACCUACUAAUGCUCGAUCAAUGUCCUUCGUGGGCACUCACGAGUACUUGGCACCUGAGAUCAUUAAAGGUGAAGGCCACGGAAGUGCUGUAGAUUGGUGGACAUUUGGGAUCUUUCUAUAUGAACUUCUGUUUGGUAAAACCCCAUUCAAGGGGGCAGGGAACCGGGCAACUCUCUUUAAUGUGGUUGGCCAACCAUUGAGAUUUCCAGAGUAUCCAAAUGUGAGCUUCGCUGCUAAGGACUUGAUCAGAGGUUUACUUGUAAAGGAACCACACCAUCGGCUCGCAUAUAGGCGUGGUGCUACUGAAGUUAAACAGCAUCCAUUCUUCCAGAGUGUCAAUUGGGCACUCAUUCGUUGUGCAAAUCCACCAGAAGUGCCAAAGCCAGCCAUGAUGGACUUUUCUUCCAGAACCGAAACGGCAAAAGUACCACCUACCAAUGACAAGGUUCCGGGUGUAGAUGUGAAGCCUUCAUGUAACUAUUUAGAGAUCGAUUUCUUUUGAUUCUUGUGAUUAUUUGUUUCCACCACCUCAGUCGAAUUGUGCUCCAAUGGUCUGAUCUUUUGCUCAUGCAAGGAGCUAUAAGUUGUUAGUUCCUUUGGUAGCACAAGUUGUAACUUAUCUUUGAACCCCAAGCACCAUAAACAGCAUCGCGAAAUGCAAAUGAAUAGGAGCGAGUUAUGAAGUUGCUGCUCUCUCUUUUCUGAGGGGAAGUAUUAGAUGAAGUUUUCUAGAUAAAGAUUGUAAAAUUUUUUAAUAGAAACAAUAAAAUUAAA